GUACAAUUGGACAUGUGGCACAUGGUAAAUCGACAGUGGUGAAAGCUAUCAGUGGAGUGCAGACUGUCAGGUUUAAAAAUGAGCUGGAGAGAAACAUUACAAUCAAACUUGGAUAUGCUAAUGCAAAGAUAUACCAGUGUGAUAAUGAUGCCUGUCCCAGGCCUGACUGCUACAGAUCAUGUGGAAGUGCCAAGGAGGACUCAUUUGUGUGUGAUCGCACUGGCUGCAAUGGAAGAUUCAGACUGAAGCGCCAUGUGUCAUUUGUUGACUGCCCAGGGCACGAUAUUCUCAUGGCCACCAUGUUGAACGGAGCAGCUGUCAUGGAUGCUGCCUUGCUUAUGAUUGCUGGUAAUGAGUCGUGCCCCCAGCCUCAGACUUCAGAACAUUUGGCUGCCGUUGAAAUCAUGAAGCUGAAACACAUUCUUAUACUUCAGAAUAAAAUUGAUCUUGUGAAAGAGUCACAGGCUAAGGAGCAGUACGAGCAGAUCCUGGCUUUUGUCAAAGGAACUGUCGCUGAAGGGGCCCCAGUUGUGCCAGUUUCUGCUCAGCUCAAAUACAACAUUGAUGUCAUCUGCGAGUACAUCAUUAAACGUAUUCCUGUUCCCGUCCGAGAUUUCUUGUCGGAGCCCAGGCUUAUUGUUAUUCGCUCGUUUGACGUGAACAAGCCAGGCUGUGAGGUGGAUGAUAUACUUGGAGGAGUGGCUGGAGGCUCCAUUCUCAGGGGUGUGCUGAAGGUGAACCAAGAAAUUGAAGUUCGCCCAGGUGUGGUCUCCCGAGACCAGGAGGGAAAACUGACAUGUAGACCAAUCAUGUCUAAAAUUGUUUCCCUGUAUGCUGAACAGAAUGACCUGCAGUACGCCGUCCCUGGAGGCUUGAUAGGCGUGGGAACCAAGAUGGACCCCACCCUUUGCAGAGGUGACCGCCUUGUUGGCCAGGUACUGGGAGCAGUUGGAGCCUUGCCAGAUAUUUUCACAGAGCUGGAGAUUUCAUUCUUCUUGUUGAGGAGAUUACUGGGGGUCAAGACAGAAGGGGACAAGAAGGGAGCUAAGGUGCAAAAACUGAGCAAAAAUGAAGUUCUGAUGGUGAACAUUGGGUCUUUGUCCACUGGGGGUCGUGUGUUGGCUGUCAGGGCCGAUUUGGCCAAAAUUGGUCUGACAGCUCCAGUUUGUACGGAAGUUGGUGAGAAGAUCGCUCUAAGUCGUAGAGUCGAGAAGCACUGGAGGCUGAUUGGUUGGGGUCAGAUCAGGCGAGGUGUUAAAAUCACUCCAGACUCAUAA